GAACGGUAAACCGUGUUAGAUCAUUGAACGGUUCAUUUUUAUUUAUUUAUUUUGUUGUAAUAGACUAUCGAACGAUAGACCAUGUUGGAUUACCUACCAGUUGAUAUUCAUGUUGGGGGACCACCCUUAAGUGCGCGUGCUGGUGGUAGAACUCCGUUAGUUGCUAGGAGUGAGCCUGUUAAUCGAGAUGAGGUUGAGGUGGAUGAUGUUCAAAAUGAGUCAUUGGACUCUUCUGCAAGGAAUCAUGAUCAACAUAACACAAAUGUUGGACAAAGUCAACAGUUGGGACAACAAAGUCAACCAAAUUUCAUGGAAAUUAUGCAGACUAUGGAAAAGACUAUGGCUGAACAACAAGAGUUAGUCAAGUCCUUGGCAGAGCAACAAGCAAGGGUGAUUGCAGAGCAGCAGGGAAAGGUUUCAACAUCACAGUCUAUCCAAAAAGAAGGCUUAGCAGAGUUUGUUAAGCUUGCUAAGCCUUUCCAUAGAGAUUUGAAGGAUCCACUAGAGGUAGACAAUUGGAUUAAGGAAAUGGAGAAGACUUUUCGUGGGCAGAGUGUCACUGAGGGGCCUCAUGAACCCAAGGACUGUAGAUGGUUGUUAGGUUUGUGCUUUAAGUGUGGUCAAGUUGGGCAUCAUGUAGCCAAUUGUAUUCAUGCAAGGUACCCACCAAAUUCAUGUUUCAAGUGUGGGCAGAAGGGACAUAAGGCCAUUAAUUGUCCUCAAGGUAGACAAAAUACCCAAGUUACUCAACGUGCUCUAGCUAAUCAGUCAGUUGCCAGUGAGAGAGCAUCUACUGCAAGUUCAAGUAAAGGAGUAAGUCAGAAACCUUCAGUUCAGGGCUGUGUUUUUACUUUGACUCAACAGGAUGUGUGGGCAUCUAAUGAUGUAGUGAUAGGUAGCACUAGAAGGUCACCUCUAAUGAUCCUAUCUGCAUUACAAGCUCAUCAAUUGUUAAGUAAAGGUUGCGAGGGUUAUUUGGCUAUUGUUGUUGAUAAGGAAUUUGAUGAAUUGCAACUUCAGGACAUUAAUGUGGUGCGAGAUUUCCUUGAUGUAUUUUCAGAUGAAUUGUCUAGAUUACCACCCAAUAGGGAAGUGGAAUUUUCUAUUGAUUUGGUUCUUGGAACAGCUCCAAUCUCUAAGGCUCCAUAUAGGAUGGCCCUUAUAGAACUCAAAGAGCUAAAGGAGCAAUUACAAGAGCUGUUGGAUAAAGGUUUUAUAAGGCCAAGUGUGUCACCUUGGGGUGCUCCUGUGUUAUUUGUGAAUAAAAAAGAUGGAACCAUGAGACGCUGUAUUGACUAUAGAGAGUUGAACAAGGUGACGGUACGUAACAGGUAUCCUUUGCCUAGAAUUGAUGAUCUUUCUAAUCAGUUGGUGGGUGCUCAAGUUUUCUCUAAAAUUGACUUGAGAUCUGGAUACCAUCAAUUGAAGAUCAAGGAAGAGGAUAUUCCUAAAUCAGCCUUCAGAACCCGCUAUGGGCAUUAUGAAUUUCUUGUGAUGCCAUUUGGGUUAAUUAAUGCCCCUACAGCAUUCAUGGAUUUAAUGAAUAAGGUGUUUAAGCCCUACUUAGAUAAAUUUGUUGUGGUGUUCAUUAAUGAUAUUUUGGUGUACUCUCAAAGACAUGUGGUGUCUAAGGAUGGAAUUUCAAUAGAUCCAGAAAAGGUUAAAGUAGUGGCAGAAUGGAGUAGACCUACUAAUGUGAUUGAAGUUCGGAGCUUCUUGGGCUUAGCUAGUUAUCAAGAGUUGAAGAGUAGAUUGGUCUCAGCACCUAUUCUGACCAUUCAUGAUGAUAGUGGUGAUUUUACAAUUUUCAGUGAUGCUUCAAUGAAAGGAUUGGGUUGUGUUUUGAUGCAACAUGGGAAGGUGGUUAAGACUAAGCAUCAAAGACCAACUAGCAAGUUGCAACCACUUCCUAUUCCAGAGUGGAAGUGGGAACAUAUAGCCAUGGACUUUGUCACUGGUUUGCCUGCAACAAAAAAUGCAAAUGAUUCUAUUUGGGUUAUUGUUGAUAGUGUCAUGGAUACUAAUCCUGUUCUUUCUAGUACUUCUCCCAUUCCUAUUUCGUCGAGUCCUCAUAUUUCUAUUUCUCCCAGUACUCCUACUUUCCCACUCAGAUCUCUUCCUUCUGUUACCAGUCCUGCCGUCUCCACCAUGCCUUCCUCUAUAAGUUCUCAUCCAGUUUUUACUAUUUCAAAUAUUAAAAACUUUGUUCCGGAAACCUUGAACCAUGACAAUUUUGUUAUUUGGUGUGAGUUAAUGAUUCCUGUUUUCAAAAGCAAGGGUGUUUAUGGGCAUAUUGAUGGCUUCGAUCCUUGUCCUAUGCCAGGGAGUCGUGAGUUUGCGGAUUGGACCCAGAUUGAUUAUCAAAUCCUAUCAUGGAUUCAAGCAACCAUAUCUUCAGAAGUAUUGCAGAUGAUUAUACAGCCAGGAAGAUCUUUGAAUGCCAAACAAGCCUGGGAUGCGAUCCAUCUUGCCUAUCAAAAUCAAUUGGAUGCACAAAAUCUCUUUCUCCAACAAGAAUUCUCCUCCAUUCGAAAGCAGCCGGGUCAAACAAUGAUGGCUUAUCUGCAGUAUGUGAAAGGUAUAGCAGAUAAAUUAUAUGGAAUUGGGUCUCCGAAAACAGAUCGAGAUCUGGUUUUUCAAACUCUCGCCGGUCUUGAUUCCGCCUACAGUGUUGCUAAGCGGACAAUACCUCAACGGGUUCCUUUUCCAUCAUUCUUGGAGAUGCGAGCUUUGUUGUUAAUUGAAGAGGCUAGUGUCCAACGCGAACAAGCUGCUGCUGCUUCUUUGUUGCCGGGCGUCACCAGUUCUCAUCAGGUGCUACACACUGCUAUUCCAAUCUCUAACCAAGCACCACCGUCACGUUAUUCUCCUUCCCCAGUUCAUGUUGCUGAUAUUCAAACCAAUUCCAAUUUUGUUGGUUCUUCACGAGGGUAUGGUAGAAUCAUUCCACGAGGAGGACGGCGUGGUUCUCGUGGUGGUCGUGCUGGACGUGGAUUCCAUAACUCACGAGGAAAUUUUCAGCAUUUCAAUACUGGUUAUGGUCGUGGACCUCUUAAUCAUUAUGGUGGUUAUGCUAGUGCUCGUAUGGCUCAACCGAAUUCGAGUUUGCCUCCAUUGCUGCCCACACCGCCUGUCUCCUGUCAAUGGUGUGGCCAACCCAAUCAUCAAGCCAGAGAAUGCCCACUACUCUCUCUGACACUUCCUAAUUCCCAUCCAACCUUCUUUGCUGCACCAUCCUAUCCACCAUCUGUUUCUGACUCAACUUGGCACAUUGACAGUGGUUCAGUUACACAUGUCACUGGCAGUACUGGUACUCUUUUAUCCUCUUUUCCUUAUUGCGGUAAUGAUUCCAUACAAGUUGGUAAUGGUCAGCUACUUCCUAUUACUUCCUCUGGUAGUACAGUACUCUCUUCUUCUGAUAAUUCCUUUAAGCUUAAUAAUGUUCUUGUCUCUCCCUCUAUUACAAAAAAUCUAGUUUCUGUUCGUCAAUUUACCAAAGAUAAUGAUUGUAGUAUUGAGUUUGAUUCUUUUGGUUUUUCUGUUAAGGACAACAAGACGAAGAACGUUCUUUAUCGUUGCAAUAGUCGAGAGGGAUUAUAUUCUUGGUCCAGUCUUCCUUCUAGUCAGCAGUCUGUGUUAUCUACUACUACAGUGUCUCCGGAUGUGUGGCAUCUUCGUCUUGGACAUCCAGGGCUACAUUUUUCAACACCUCAUGAGCUGUUAUUUGGUUUGCCUCCAACAUAUGAUCAUUUGAGAGCCUUUGGAUGUGCCUGCUAUCCAAAUCUUGCUGCCACCGCUCCACAUAAGUUGGCACCUCGUUCCACUUUGUGCAUCUUUCUUGGUUAUCCUCCACAUCAUAAAGGAUACAAGUGCCUUGAUUUGAGAACAAAUAAAGUUAUUGUCUCUCGGCAUGUUGUAUUUAAUGAGGCUAUUUUUCCUUACAAUGCCUACUGUUCACAACCGGGGACCACCAUGCUUCCUCCACCUAGCUUCCGAUAUCCUUUUCAUUUAUUAGAUGAAAUUCCACCUACCUCUAGGAACUCCCGUCACACUCCGCCCUCUACCUCCAGUCCGUCAAGCCCACCAACAUCUAGCCCACCUAACCCACCACCUUCCUCAAGCCCACCUUCCUUAAGCCCACCUCCAUCUAGUUCGCCACCUAUCUCAAGCCCACCUCUAGCGGCUUCCUCUCUUAGAGAAUUGCCCCCCCACCAUGAAAAUGUUCCACAUGUUGUUUCUUCUCACAAUCCUCGCAGAACUCAUUCUAUGGUGACCAGGUCUCAGGAUGGCACAAGAAAGAUUCGCACUCUCCCAUCUAUGCUUGCGGCUGUAUCUGAUAUUCAAGAACCUCGUACCUUCAAACAAGCCCAACAGUCUCCUCAUUGGCGGCAUGCUAUGGAGGAUGAGUAUUCUGCUCUUCUGCACAAUAAAACUUGGGUUCUUAUUCCGCGACCUCCAAAUGUGAAUGUUAUUGGGUCGAAAUGGGUGUACAAAAUUAAAAGGCAUGCUGAUGGUUCCCUUGAAAGGUAUAAAGCUCGACUCGUUGCUCAAGGUUAUUCACAACAGUCUGGGGUUGAUUUUGAUGAGACAUUUAGUCCGGUAGUCAAACGGGUCACCAUCCGAACUGUCUUAGCUCUUGCUAUCUCACGGUCUUGGAAAAUUCAUCAAUUGGAUGUUAAGAAUGCUUUUCUGAAUGGUCAUUUAUCUGAGCCAGUUUAUAUGCAUCAGCCUCCUGGAUUUGUUAGCAAGCAACAUCCUGAUCAUGUUUGCUUAUUACAGCGAGCUCUUUAUGGUCUAAAGCAAGCUCCUCAUGCUUGGUUUCAAUGCUUUACUUCAUUUUUACUCUCUCGUGGUUUUGUACAGGCUGCUUCUGAUUGCUCUAUGUUUGUGUUUCAUUCAAAUGGUUCUAUGGCUAUCCUUCUUCUAUAUGUGGAUGACAUUCUUCUUACUACCUCUGCACCAUCUCUGUUGGGUUCCAUUAUUUCCUUAUUGAAGGCUGAGUUUCUCAUGACUGAUUUGGGCUGCCUUAGUUAUUUCUUGGGCAUUACAACUCAGUUUAAUUCUGAUGGUUUAUUUCUCUCUCAGCCUCAAUAUGUCCGUGAUUUACUUGACAAGAGUGGUAUGGUUGAUUGCAAAGCAGUUUCCACUCCUUUAACACCUAAGCACAAACUUCAAGGUAAUGACAGUCCAUUAUGUUCAAAUGCUUCUCUUUAUCGUAGCUUGGUGGGAGCCUUACAGUAUUUGACUUUUACUCGGCCUGACAUUGCCUUUGCAGUAAAUCAGGUAUGUCAAUAUAUGCAUGUACCUACUGAGAAUCAUUUUCUUGCUGUCAAGCGUAUUUUACGCUAUUUGAAAGGUACUAUGCACCAUGGCUUACAAUUAUAUCAUGACUCUUUACCCUCUCUAAAUGCCUUUACGGAUGCUGAUUGGGCUGGUUGUUUGGAUACACGGCGUUCUACUUCUGGAUUUUGUUUGUUCUAUGGUCGUUCUCUUAUUUCCUGGUCUUCCAAGAAGCAAUCUACUGUUGCUCGUUCUAGUGCUGAGGCGGAAUAUAGAGCCCUUGCCAAUGCUGUUGCUGAAGUUCUUUGGGUAAAACAAUUAUUGGCUGACUUGCAUCUUUUUCUUCCAUCUGCACCUACUGUCUUUUGUGAAAAUCUUAGUGCUAUUUAUAUGACACUCAAUCCCGUUCAACAUCAACGAACCAAGCAUAUUGAGAUUGACAUUCAUUUUGUUCGAGAAAAAGUGGCUUCCCGCAUUGUUACACUUCAGUAUGUUUCUUCCUCUUUCCAGCGUGCUGACAUACUUACCAAGGCUCUCUCUGCACCAGCUUUUUGCUCUCAACGAUCCAAUUUGAGUGUGGUCUGCAACCCUGCUCAAAUUGCGGGGGGAUGAUAGUGUACAUAUUAAUAUUGUAUGUGAGGGUAGUCUAGUCUUUACACAAAUACAUGUAUAUAUAUACUGUAACCCUAUUUCAGAAUCAAUGA